CAUUUCUCAUCAAACGCAACGCUUUCCACAGACUCAGACUUCUUAAAACACCAUCUCAAAAGCAUUGCCCGAGAGAGAGAAGAAUCAAAAACGUAGAAUCAAAUCAAUUAUUAAGCAAUGGCAUCGAUGAGCAUGACAGCCACAUUCGUCCCGGCCGUUGCAAAGGUCCCGUCAACCACCGGCGGACGAAGGCUCUCAGUGAUCAGAGCUUCAACGAGCGACAACACAACCAGCUUACAAGUCAAGGAGACACAGAACAGCACCACGAUGAGGAGGGAUCUCAUGUUCACAGCUGCAGCUGCGGCAGUUUUUUCCUUGGCCAAGGCAGCCAUGGCAGACGAGGAGGAGCCCAAACGAGGGACAGAUGCAGCGAAGAAGAAGUACGCUCAAGUUUGUGUCACAAUGCCGACAGCCAAGAUCUGUCGCUACUGAUUCAACAAUCCAUCUUUCAUGUCUCUCUCCCUCUAUCUUUCUAAUAUUUCGGUAAAAUUUUCUCAAACUUUGUUUGUAAUCAUAUACUAAAUCAAUUUCAUAUUUUGCUACUAGAUUUUCGAAUAUAAACUAAACUUGA